AUGGCUGUGCCUUUUCCGCAUGUUGCCGCACGGGGCUAUGGACCAAAUAUUACAUAUGUCUUUGAAUACUCGAGAGGCCUGAGUGGUGUGAAUGUUCCCCUAGAUGUGCUUAUCGCCCGUGUCAUCUACUCCUCGAUCACUAUAUUGGCUGUCGUCAUUUUCUGCAGCCGAAUCGCGCAAAUAAGCCACGCCUACCUUCGAUUGACCACCGCUUCUUCGUCUAACCAACGACAACAAACAUACUGGAGUCGGGAACAGUCAAGAUGGUGGCCAUGGAUGAAGAAGCAGCUCAUAUAUGCUCCCCUUGGGAGAAAGAGACACAACCGAGAAGUUCAACUUUCAUCCGCUAUCGGCAUGGGCACCUUGCCGUCCCGAUUUCAGACCAUAUUGAUCUCCAUGUACCUCGCGAGUCAGGUUGUGUAUUGUUUGUUCCUCGAUUAUGGGGCAAAUGAAAAGCAAGCGCUGGUAGCAGAGCUUCGUGGACGUUCUGGUACGCUGGCUGUCUUCAACAUGGUGCCCCUUUUUCUCCUGGCAUCUCGCAAUAAUCCGUUGAUAUCCAUUCUGCAUAUCAGCUUCGACACAUAUAACCUUCUUCACCGAUGGCUCGGUCGCAUUGUGGCCCUCGAGGCCAUCACCCACACUACCGCAUGGGCAGUCAACGCCUGCGCUGAGCAGGAUUUCACUGACAUGCUCGCGCGGUUGAGGGACACUCCCUUCUUCAGCUGGGGAUUACUAGGAACAUGCGCCAUGGGUUGCCUUGCUCUGCACUCCCCUUCUCCCAUUCGGCAUGCUUUCUACGAGAUCUUCCUGCAUCUGCAUCAGCUCUUUGCGCUACUGGCUUUCAUCGGCGUAUAUCUCCACUUGAAACUAGACUCUCUCCCACAGAAGCCCUGGAUUGAUGCCGUCGCCGUGAUCUGGAUCACCGAGCGCAGCAUAAGACUUCUCCGUCUUGCUUAUCUCAACUUGUCUCCCAAACACGGCAGCACUCGCAUGACCGUCGUGGCCCUCCCAGGCGAAGCUUGUCGAGUUACCUUCCACCUCCCGAAGCGCGUGGACAUUCAACCCGGCUGCCAUGUCUACGCCUACAUUCCUUGCGUAUCCUGGUGGAUGUCUCAUCCCUUUUCCAUCGCAUGGACUGAACCCCGCAGCACGCCUAACGAGAGCCCAUACCUGGACGACAACCCAUUCAGCAACAAUCCACCUCUGACACCCUGCUCCAUCGAAAAGCAGGGCUUCGACCUCAAUUUCGAACCCCAGGACCACCGUCCCCAGCCUACAGAGGUAUCUCUCAUAGUCAGUGCUCGGCAAGGCAUGACCCGCGCACUCUACAACCUCGCCCGCUCAAAACCAAAUCAAACCCUUCACAGCUCCGGCUUUAUCGAAGGCCCUUACGGCUCUCAUCCCGCCAACGCUUCAAGCUACGGUACCGCAGUCCUCUUCUCAGCUGGCGCAGGAAUAACCCAUCAUCUCCUCUACACCCGCGAUCUGCUUAUGCGGUCCGCCUCUGAAACAGCAGCAACCCGCCGCAUCUACCUUAUCUGGUCCGUCCGCUCCACAGACCAUUUGGCCUGGGUGAGUAAAUGGAUGGACCAGAUCCUGAAACUUCCCAUGCGCCGCGAUAUCCUCGUCAUCAAACUUUUUGUUUCGAAGCCACGGCGCGCGGCAGAUAUCGUCUCGCCGUCUAAAACGGUGCAGAUGUUUUCCGGUCGGUGUAGACCUGACGUUGUGAUGGAUGAGAUCAUGCCGAGAAGAGUGGGUGCCACGCUGGUUUCGGUUUGUGGGCCCGGGGCUUUUGCAGAUGAAGUGAGAAUGGCGGCUAGAGAGAGGAUUGGGAACGGGGCUGUGGUUGAUUUCGUGGAAGAGGCUUUUACGUGGUAA